UUAUUAAAGCAAGAGUACCUUGAGCGUACUCGUCCGCUUUUAUUACAUACCCAACACCGAUAGAAUAAAACUUACUGCAAAUUGGAGACAGGUAUUCCGAUGUUUGCGUUUCGGAUUAUUGUAUUGUUGUUAUCACGUAAGUGUAAAUAAAUCUGCCGCUUCUCUCGGUUGCGAUAAUAGUCUCGAUUUACGAAAUCGUCGGGUCGGUGUUAGAACAGUGCCACCGGAAGAUAAAGCUGGCCGGAAAUGACGUCGACGUCGAUGACGAUAGGUGUAUUAGUGAUGGUGUUGGGAAUACCUAUUAUUGGAACGUCAUAUAUAAGAGAGGAACAUUUGGAAAACUGCGUUCAAAACAACAAUCACCUCCUAUGUAAAAACGAAUUUCCUACAAAAGCAUAUACAAAUAUCGAUGUUUUAAAAAUAACAGAUAGUAGAAUCGACAAUCUGGACUUGAAGAACUGGCACAGAUCAUUCCAGAAUUUAAGUAGUUUAACGGUUAUCGGAAACAACCGUACUAAACUGAGAAGGAUAGCGUUUCCCCGAGAAAAACUUGGUAUAAAGAUUUUGAAGUUAAAUAAUUUACAAAUCACCAGUGUCUUCUUGGAAAACAUUACCAAUCACUUUAUCGGUCUAGAAGUUCUGGAUAUUUCAAACAAUUAUAUUGCCGAUUUUCCAAAAUUCAAUUACAGCAGUUUAAAGGAGGUAUACUUAAAAGGUAAUAAAUGGAAUUGUUCGAAAAGCUUAGAAUGGAUAUUGGAUUUAGAUCUAUCAGUGUUCCGAGAUUUGCCGGAGUUAAAAUGUUUUCGAAUGCCACAUAAUAACAAACCACUCUUGGCUAUCGCCCAAUUCAGAAAGAUUACCGCCGAAACAUGUACGCCAAACUGUUCCUGUCAUUUGGAGAAGUGCGUAACAUACAUGAACACGGACGUCCUAGAACCGAUCAUAGAGGUGAACUGUUCUUUCAGAGGAUUCCGGACAUUGCCCGAUACUUUUCCGGUUAAAACGAAGACUAUACGCUUGGAAGGAAACGAAAUUUCUGACUUAAGCGCUUUAAGAACCAAUCUUAGAUACAGAAAUGUGCUGGACAUAUAUUUGGACAAUAAUAAACUUACAAACAUCCACGUUUUGGAAGGAUCGCACUGGCUGACUAAUUUCAGAGUAUUUUCAUUGAGAAACAAUCAAAUUGAGGAGCUUCCGACGUAUGCUCUGGACGAUGCUUUUAAGCGUAAUCCAAAUAUGCCAGAUGCAGUCAGAUUAAAUUUAGGCGGUAACCCAUGGAGAUGUAAUUGCGUGUUUAUGCCGAGAUUUAAGGAAAUGCUGCAAAAGUACGCCCCACAAAUUAAGGAUAUACGUGACAUUAGAUGUGCAGAAGAUAGUGAAAAUUCAUUAGUACCGAUAAUGGAUUUAUCCAGAAGUUCCGUUUGUCACUCACCAACGGAAUAUACUGUGCAAGAGGCUUUAGACUUAUUAAAUGUCGUUUUAGGCUUAUUAAUUAUUCUAAUCUUAGGAAAAUUAGCGUAUGAUUACUACAAUUUCAAGAAGACUGGUAAAUUACCCUGGAUAGUUACUAAGAUGCCCUAGCAGUUAAAUUAUUGUACAUAAUAAAGUACUCUUAAUACCUGAUGACAUUGUAUAUAUACCUAUUAGUUUGAAGUUUAGUAUAUAAGAAUAGUAUUUCUAAUUAUGUAUUAAAUAGAUUAUAUUUUUUAGAAUAAUUAUUAUCAUAAAGAAAAAUUUUGUACUGAUUGUCA